CUGCCUGGGCCCAGUAUGAACCAGCCGCAUUUAGUCGCUUUCAAUUCGUGUUGGCUUGCUCCCGUAUCGUGUUUAACGGCCACGUUAUUGUGGCGGUUGUCUAUUUGGUGUCGUCAUAACAUCGUUGUUUUCAUCUUAGCCACUGCCAGAUUCAAGGCUGACAUUGCACCCUUUUUAAUUUUUUAGCCGCCGCAAACCGGCAAAUGUGCCGCGUUGCCUUUGCGACCCUCUGGCAGGAACGAUACGUCUGUUUCGUUCUUUUCCCCUUCGUUACUGCAAAUAUUAGUAUGUUUACCCAGGCUGAUGAACCGGCAAAGUUUAGUAAAUGAUCAGGACUGAAUUUCCAUCAUCACAUGAGCAGCAAAAUAAAAAUUCAUCUUAACUAGAUUGCUGAAUACACGUUCAAUGACUGAAAAUAAUUAUGACCCUAAAAUGUCAAAGGUGAGCAACAACAAUAGGACAUCCCUAGACGAGAUGUGUCCUCUACAGAAUGGAUCAAAAGAGAACAACGAUGGAGCUUGUGAACAAACGUCACUAACGGCCUCACCAGACCACUACGACGAUCACAACAACCACAUAUCACAAAAUCACCUGUCAAAUGGAGAUCUCACAACGCAAAGUGACAGUGAAGAUGAAAGUGAGACCGAGUGCGGGUGGGGUCCUUGUUCUCCCGGUUGGCUCAAAAUUUUUGCGUCAAAACAGGUUUUCCUUGCAGUGUUUUGUAUGGCAUGGGUACUACAGGGCAUGUAUCACACAUACUUUGUAAGUGUAAUAACAACGAUAGAGAAGUUGUUCCAAAUACAGUCAAAAAUCACAGGUAUUAUAAUGAGCGCCACUGAGAUGGGGCAAAUUGGUUCGUCUUUACUGUUAACAUAUUAUGGUGGACAAGGACAUAGACCAAAAUGGAUUGCGUGGGGCAUGGUUUUAUUUGCUGUUAGCAGCUUCACAUGCUCACUACCCCAUUUUAUUUAUGGAAAACAACUGAUAAAAGCCAAUGAUCUCACUGGAAUUAUUAGAGAGCCAAACAUAUGCAAGGCGCCAAAUCUCGAUUUCGAUGAGUUUACAAAAACUCGAGUUCAAACGAUAUUGAACGCAACUGAUUUUAUCAAUGAAAAUAUAUCCCCUAAUAUAAUCCAGACGUGCUAUGAUGAAGACGUUGUUCCCGGACAUCAAAUUCAACCCAGCGUUACUAACAUUGUCCUGGCAAUAUUCUUCAUUAGUUUACUUGGUGUUGGCAUGGGACAAACGGCCGUAUAUACACUGGGAAUUCCAUAUAUGGAUGAUAAUAUUUCCAGCAAACAAUCGCCUCUAUAUUUCGCUAUAACAAUUGGAGUACGCAUUAUUGGUCCUGCCUUUGGAUUUAUAGUAGGAUCUUUAUGUACGGAUGUAUAUGCCGACUUGUCCGCAGAUAUAAAAAUUGACGCAUCCGACCCAGGAUUUGUGGGAGCUUGGUGGUUGGGCUUAGUUAUUAUAUCAGGAUUAUUAAUCCUAGCUUCAAUUGCAAUGUUUGCAUUUCCCAAACGACUACCUCAUGUUAAGCCUUUGCAUAGACCUCGAAAAAACAAUGUUAUAAGUGAUAAAAAAGAUCAUCCCAGUAUCAGGGAUUUUCCUAAGACUGUUAAAAGGCUUCUGAAGAACGAUAUCCUCAUGUUUAGAACUGCCAGUAGUGUACUUCAUAUUCUCCCAAUUGCUGGACUGUACACUUUCCUACCGAAAUAUUUAGAAUCUCAAUUUAGAUUACCAACACCUACUGCCAAUAUGAUUUCAGGCGUUGGUGGAAUACUCGUAAUGGGAGUCGGCAUCGUAAUAAGUGGAAUUUUCAUACUGAAAGUCAAACCAAAUGCUCGCUUUGUAGCUGGAUGGAUAGCAUUUACUGCAAUUGUUUACGCUAUCGGCAUGGGCGUGCUAAUGUUCAUUGGGUGCCCUAUGAAUGAUUUGGCAGAUUUACAACCAACCAUCGGGCCCGAUGGUAUUCAAUUAGGAGCUUGCAAUAAAACACAGUGCACUUGCAAUGAAAACAAAUUUCAACCCAUUUGCGGUCAAGAUGGUAAAACGUAUCUAUCUCCUUGCCAAGCUGGUUGCCAAAACUACACCACCGAGGAACAUGGAAAAAUUGUGGGAUAUUCAAAUUGUCUCUGUCUCGGACUGGAUAAUAACUUUGACAACACCACUUUAUACGGAAAUGCUACAAUGGGAUACUGUGAACAGGAAUGUGGCAAUUUCAUAUCUUACAUUGUGCUAUUCUCCAUAUUUGUGUUUGUACAUUCAACAUCUGAAGUGGGAUCGAUGUUACUCAUUCUAAGAUGCGUAGAUCCAAAAGAUAAAGCCAUGGCUUUAGGUCUGAUACAGUUUGCAAUAGGAUUAUUUGGCAAUGUGCCGUGUCCCAUAGUUUAUGGAGCUGUGGUGGACUCAGCAUGUCGAAUAUGGAAAAUGGCGUGCGGAGAAAAAGGGGCGUGUGGCUUGUAUGAUUCUGAUACUUUCAGGAUGUUCUAUCAUGGAACCACUGGAGCUCUACUUCUCUGCGCAUUUUUUGUGGAUGUGAUUGUGUGGUACAAAGCUGGAAGUAUAAACUUUGUAGACGAACAACAACAGUUUGAGGAAGAACUGGCCACAAUUGCCAUCAAAAUAAAGGGAGACGGGGACUAGCAUCAAGCUAUGAUGGAGCACGUUCCAUCAAAAUACUAGUUGACUAAUGGUAAAAGAAAUUUGCCUACAAAUCCAGCUAACACUGGACAUGCAAUCAAAAAUUUCGAGAAUGAUGAGAAUUGAGGAGUGUUAAGCAACACAGUCCUUUUUAAAUUUUGAUAUGAAUAUGACUUUCAAUCCUUCGCGAAAAAUGUACAAAAAACGCUCUUUUAAUGACGUAAGUAUAUUCUCUGAAUCGAGAUAAUAUUUUUUUACUGGAAAUACUCUAUUGUAUGAAAUUGAUGGCGUAAUUGAAACUAAAGGCAGAGUUAGCUGGAUUAUUUUAAUUAAGGUUUUACUUAUAAAGACAUUUCCAUGAUUGUAGAAGAAGUUGCCAUUUUGUACCUGCUAUCAAAGGUAGGUACUGCUGAUUAAAAGACUUGGCAGCUAGAAAACUCUACUAUAAAAUACAACAUAGGUGUAAGAUAUUUAAUUUUGUGCAUGAAUAUUCCUAGUCGAAAUAAUAACAUUGUUGCAUUUUUAUCAAGAAUUUUAUGGCAAAAAUGCAUUUUAUUGCAACUUUAGUUAAUUUGAGAUGUUAAUAUUAUUGGACAUAGCUUAAAUUUAAUUAGUUGAACAUAUUUUUAGCCAAUUUUGUUAAUGUUGUUUUACAUUUAGUGACUGACCCCUUAUUAUUGAGGACAUAAUGUUGAGAAAAAAUGUAAAAAGCGACCUUCCUCAAAACAACUGGUGACUAAUGUUUUAAUUGCAAAAUUAGGAAAUUAGGUUUACGAAGGGCCUAAUCUGUUGAUAGUUCGAACUGAUAUUUCGUCAAGAUAUGAAAUGUAGGGUAAUAUCUAAGUAAGGAAUCAAAAGAAAAUAAUAUGGAACUUUUACAUCCAACAUUAUUACUGUGAUAUUUAAUGUGUUUGCUAUGCCCAUCGUUUUUAUAUGAUUAAUACCUACCUACCUAAUAUUCUGGAAAUGUCAAUUUUAUAAUAUGAAUGUCAUGUAAAUAGAUGUGUAUAUUGUACAAAAUGAUCAACAUUUUAGGAGCAGAUUUUAACUGAAUACCAAACAAAAAUUGUUUUCAAUUUUCACCAUCAAAUUAACACACUCUUGUAUCAGUUUGUGUAACAGAGGAUAUAUAACUCUUUAAACGCUAGUUAAUACAGUUAAGUUGCAUCAAAUACUUCACACUUGAACAUCUAAGGGUUCUCCAAUUCGUAAUGUUUGAACUCAAAAUCACCCAUUGUUUAGUAGCUGUUAUGUUUUUACAUAUGUUUAAAAUAUUCGGUAUUUGAUGUACAUGUUAUCAUUAAGGAAACCACUUGUCUUGUGCAGGUUUAUGUUGUUGGAACUCCUCAGUAAUUGUCAGCAGAUUUAAACAAUACUUGCCAAACCCAUACCCGGUAUGUUGGUACUUGUUUGGAAUGUUUAACAAUCAAUUUACUUAACGAGAUAGGCCCUUUAGGGGCUAACAAUAUUGGGGCUACAAGGCACUAGAAUUACUUACAUGUUGUUCCAUAUUAACCGGAAUGCACCCCCAACCAUUCACAAGCAGUUAUAGUUCCUAUUUUCCAUCAGUAUUUGAUGUAAAGUAUGUAAUAUUCAGAGAAUUCUACUUGCACAGGACUUGGUUAUGAGAAACUGCAGGAAAACAUUGUUAACAAAAACCGCGAAUUUACAUUUCACUUUCCUUGACUUCUGCACUAAACACUUUUAAAUAGUUCCGUAGGUUUUCGUUUGAUCAAGUUUUUGGUAAAUAACACUAAAGUUCUAGAGAAAUCUAAACGUCCUGCAAUUUAAAAACGACUUCGUUACUGAGGCACAAAUCGUGCAGGAGGUGAUCAACUAUGUUCUCGCUGCCUCUUUGCAAUGGCAGGAAAGAGACAAACGACAUGAACACAGGGUGGCCUGAUUCCUUACGAAAUGACAUUAACUGUUUAUAUAAGAUUUACCUUGUCAUUCUGCCGUAUACAAAUUUGUCGGUUUUUGUGCUCCAACGUUUGCUAAUUCAUAUUCGGAUAUUGGUAAUUAUCUAGAUAUUCACCCCGAUAUUUUCAAUGUACCUAUAUGCCAUAUUAAAUUUUCUGAACUUGUGCAACUGGGGUUCCCCUAUCACAAUCACUUCAGGGCAUUUCAACAGUUUAAUACAUGUUGCAAAUGGCCCCAAAUUGCUCUUAAACCGUAUCUGUGACCCCAAUUCUCUUUUCCAAAGCAGUUUUUGUUUGGCAUGUUUAGCUACAUAAGUCCUUGUAAUGUAAUGUUUAUCGGAAUAAGUAUAAUAUCUUGGUCUGUACUGUGAAGGCAGUUUAUACUUCAAUAUUGCACUAAACAAAAUACUUAAUGUGAAUAUUGGAAUACCUACUUAUGUACUAAAUAGCUCAGGUUUAAGUAACAUCUUGUUACCGGCGUUUUGAGGCCGGUGUUUUAAUCCGAAAUUAGGUUAUAGAGCGGUAAACAACCACAUUAAGGCUUUCAAUUAAAGGCUUGUUUGCAGCAGAGUAGCUUAUACAUCACAUAUUUCUUGCUAAAUUCUGCUGUAGUUGCCGGCAAUAUUCACAUUAAUAUUUAGUUAACCGCUUUCUUUAUCGAAAUGUCAUAUUUAUUAACUCUAGUUACCAUUGCAGUUAUACUACACAAAUUACUUCAAAAAUGAAUCGUGCCAUGUAUCUAUACAUAUAGUUUAACGAAGAUAUACCUCACUCCUACUUUAAUAUAUGGUGCUCAACAGUUUAUACUUUUAUAUAAUGAUUUUUCUAGUUUUAUUUUUGUUCUUUCUGUAUUCUUUGUUAGGUUAAAUCAACGAGACCAAUAAAAUGUAUAUGUAUCA